CCCGGCGCUGCUGAAGACAGCGGGCCGAGGCCAUGGCAGACUUGGAGAGGAGCUUCAAGCAGGACCUGGUGGCCCAGCUGCACCACGUGGCUGCCGCUGGUGACACGGGCAGGCUGAGGACGCUGCUCAGCCGCUCGCCGUCGCUCAUCAACGCCACGGCGCAGAACGGCUGGACGGCCCUCAUGUACGGGGCCCGAAACGGGCAUUUCGAGGUGGUGCAGAUCCUCCUGGAAGGCGGGUGUGACAGGUCCAUCGUUAAUAAAUCACGGCAGACUGCUCUGGACAUUGCUAAAUUUUGGGGAUACAAGCACAUAGCUAAUUUGUUGGCUAAUGUAAAGGGUGGGGAGAGACCUCUUCCUCUGCCAAAUGAAGUGAAAGAGCUUGAGAAUUACUUUGGUACGACACUUCUGGACAGAAGGAGCGACAAAAGAACUGAUUCCAACUGGCUGAGCAAAAAGCAAACCCAUCCCAGCUCAGUGUACAUCCUCUUCUCCAAUCUAAGCCCCUUAGUCACUCUGGCGGGAGGCACAGAGAGCUCCCAGCAGCCAGAAGUGAAGCUCUGCCGGCUGCGCCACGAGGACGUGCAGCAGUUCCUGGCGCCCGCCGGGGAGGUCACCCUCAUCUUCCUGGGAGUGGAGCUGCGGCUGCCCACGGAGCCGCGGGGCGCUCCCGGCCGCGCCGCUCCGGGCGAGGAGCACGAGGACGGCCUGACCGCCUGGUUUGCCCUCAGCAUAGAGCCCCCCUCUGCCGAGAAGUUCAAACAGACGCACGAAGACGCCUAUUUUCUUCAUCCGCCCAUGCCUGCGCUGCUGCAGCUGCCCGAAAAAGAGGCUGGAGUCGUCGCGCAGGCCCGAUCCAUUCUGGCUUGGCACAGCCGCUACCAGUUCUGCCCAACGUGCGGCAGCGCAACCAAGAUUGAGGACGGGGGCUACAAGAAAACCUGCCUCAAAGAAGAUUGUUCCAGUCUCCGCGGCGUGCACAACACCUCGUACCCCAGAGUCGAUCCUGUUGUGAUAAUGCUAGUCAUCCAUCCAGAUGGGAACCACUGCCUUUUAGGUAGGCAGAAAAGAUUCCCGCCUGGAAUGUUUACCUGUCUUGCUGGAUUUGUAGAACCGGGUGAAACAAUAGAAGACGCUGUUCGAAGAGAAGUGGAAGAGGAGGCUGGAGUGCAAGUGGGCCACGUCCAGUACGUCUCUUGUCAGCCCUGGCCCAUGCCCUCCUCGCUCAUGAUCGGUUGCUUAGCUGUCGCGGUGUCUACAGAAAUUAAGGUUGACAAGAAUGAAAUAGAGGAUGCCCGCUGGUUCACUAGGGAACAGGUCGUGGAUGUUAUCAUUAAAGGAAACCGGCGUUUGUUCUUCGUGCCGCCAAGUCGAGCCAUUGCACACCAGCUGAUAAAACACUGGAUUGGAAUGAACGCUAAUCUUUAAAUUCAGAUAACUGACUGCUUUACGUUAAUUUGUUUCUUCUACUGAAUGGUAAUGGCAGAAGUAAAUUAGAACAAUCAUUAUCUACUUUUGGGCCUGCCUUUUGGCUCCCAAGUUCAACAAUGCAAGUUCAGAGGAAAAAAAACAACCUACAUUAAAACUGGAUGAUAAGCCAGUUAUUAUUCCAAGCAAGCAAGCAACAAACAGGCAACAUGGCUGCCCUAUUGUGCCCAGGCUGCUUUUUAUUUUAGAGUCACAUUAUUGUGCCUUCCACUAUCAUACUCUUUAUUUCCAGCAAAUCACUCAGAAUUUCUGAACUUACUGUUAGAUUUGGACCUAGCAUCUCAGCCUCCCUGCCAAGGAGCAGUUUGUUUGUUUGUCAUUAUAUCUUUAAAUUCUGCCUGGCACAGGAAACACCAACAGCAUUUCAUCUUGAAAGCAAAGGCUAUUUUUAAAGAAAUAGUCAAGAUAAAUGCUGUACAGGUACUACUGGUUCUCUUUCGCGUGGAUAACUUUGUAAGGAUAGGAUUUACUCCACCAAUCUGACUUGGCCUCCAUUUACCCAAUUAUAAGUUGUCCCGAAUUAUCUUAAAUUAUUAAUAAUGAUAUUAACACAUUACUUAGCUUAUAAAUAUAGGCAUUGGAGAACCAUUCUGAAAAGCCUAGAUAACAACUAUUUAUAUAAAAUGAUAGUGUACUUACCGUAGGCAGUGAGUUACUUCAUUCUCUGAAGAAUCAUUAGAAACAGAACUGUAGAAAAAUGAAGAGGAAUGUAGAUCAUUUAAACAGCAUAUGAAAUAAUAAAAUAUGUACAAAGCUUUUUUAAAAAAUUAAAAUAUUAAGAAAUUACAGUUAAAAGAAAUAUAUCAAUCACAACUGUGAGAUUGAGUGUGAUUAAGAGCAUUAAGAACAUUUACUUAUGUGUAUUUAAUGUUAUAUUUCAAAUUUGUGCCUUAAUUUAUUGUGUGACUGAAAAGAAUGGAAACCAUAUUCUUAAAAACAGGUGGUUACAGAGGUGUAGUAUUAUUAUUACUGUCAUGGUAAGAUUCAGUAGUCUGUGAUUGUGCAGUCUUUGCAGUGGUAUAAGAAGAAAUGCAAAUGACUAGGAGGAAAUGCAAUCAUAGUCAUAAAUACUAACUUACCGUAUGUUAUAUUUUUUUAUUUAGAGUGCCUUGAAUCUUUUUUUAUCAGUGAAAGAUAUAAGGUUUCUUUUUUUUCCAAAAUUCUGCAAAAUCUGGAAUCAUAACAGACAUUUGCACAAACCCAAAUAGUUGUUGUUGUUGGUUUGGUUUUCCAGUGUUCCUCCUACUGCAGCAUCCUGUUUAUAAGGCAGUGCUAUCAAACUUGAAUCCAGGGGGUACAACUGACAGAUCAUCAGGUUGUUUCUUCCUUUCCCUUGUUUCUGCUGCACAUACAAAUUAAGAAGAUGGGGGAAUAUGUAAACAUCUCUGGAAAAGAAAAGGGAACGGAACACUGCUUCCCUUGAAAAAACUCUUCUCCUAAGCAGAAGAGGAAAUAGGAAAAGCUUUCAGAGAGCACAGGUAACAAGCAAGACCAGAGGCUGUCAGUGGAAUUGAACUGACCAGGAAAAGGAGAAAAAGGAAAAGGGAUGGGGAAAAGGGAGCCUAACUGCAGGUGGUUCCUACAAGUAGACAAAAGCAGCGCCCAGGCUGGCGAGUGCAAACUAAGCAACAGGAGGAAGCUUCAGCUAGGACUACAGUGAUGAGCAAGCACUGAGAGAGAGAGUGAACAAGGAGGGAAUGACGAGCAGGUGGAAGAGGGAGAAUAAAGCAAAGAGCAAAUACGGACAACGUCAAGACAAAUCAUUUAUGACCCAGAUCAUUUAUGACCCAGAGGUAACUCAAAAUAUAUGUGCAAGUUGCUAAGGUUUUUAUGUAGAAAAUUAUGGUGAGUUGCUAUAGAGAUAGGCUUGUAACUGUGAAACUCUGGAGUGUCCACAACCAGAGACUGAAAAGAUUCAGAAUUUUAAAAAUCAUUUUUAAUCUCUACAAAUAGAGUAUAUAUCUAGAUACAAUGCUAAAAAAAAAAAAAAGAUUUUCAUUGCAAAUACCAUUUUACAGCAUGAAAGCUGUAAAGGAUAGCUUUCAUGGAGCAAGAGCCAAAGGAUAUGCUAGAAAGAAAUCAAUUUUUUAACAAGUUUUGAAUUUGAAAGUAAUAUUUCACUAAUUUUCAACUCUUAUGACUUCCAGUACUAUUCAUAAUGAAUUUUAACAUCCUUACAUUUAGAAUUGCUAAAUCAAGUGCCCCAUCCUUUCUUUCCUUCCUUCUCAAAAGAUGAACCAUUCAGGAAAAGAUGACAAAACACAUCUUCUUUAAGAACUGAUUUGAUCAUUCUAAUCUCCUAAAGUGAAACUUUUCUUGGCCUUUUAUUAUCUUAAUUGACCCUGUAGGAAAGCAUUUUAGCUUGAAAAUAUCCAUUCUACAGCAUAGAAAUUUUCUGCUUGUUAGUUAUUAUUUGUUGAUUACACGUGAAGCAUCCACCAUGAAGAGCCAAAUGCUGUCGAUGUUUAGCAGCUAGAGCAAUUUAGAAAAGUGCCAAAUGAAAUUUAGCAAGGGAAUUAAAGCAAAAGCGUAUAAUGAAUCACACUGGAAUAUGGUCAGGACAAAGAGCUCCGUAAGAUUGGAGCUGCCUCAGCCAAAAGACUGCUCCCAUUAAGCUAAUGCACUAUGUUGAAAACAUCACCUGAACCACUAAAAAUAGUAGGGUUUUGUUCGU